GCAGAUAGGUGAUUACUCACUGCGCUUCCUGGUGCUGUGUAUGGUGGGAAGCUCUGUAUUUUUUCCAUCAGAAGUAACAAAACUAUAUUUCUUUUCAGAGAUUGCCAGAAGAGAAGAUUCAGAUAUAGAUGCUUAUGAGAAGGAGAGCACUAACCCCCCUCAGUGCACAGUACGGUGGAUGGGCAUACGGAAGGAUGAUGAAUUCUUUCAUUUUGUCAUUCUUUGCUUUGCAAUUGGAGCUUUACUAGUUUGCUACUACUAUCACAAAGAUUGGACUAUUUCUCUUGGGAUUGGUUUAAUCACCUUUGCUUCCCUGGAAACCACUGGAAUAUACUUUGGUCUAGUGUACCGAAUUCGGAGCGUUCUUGACAGCUUUGUUCCUCUGAUUGACAGAUUCAGGCUAAGAGGCAUGAGGAAAGCUGCCUAGGAGGAGUAUUUCAGGAGAGUUCCCCAAACCUGGCUGUCCAAAUUUCCAGUACUAAAGGAACUGCUUUAUGAGAUGAACCUAACAACCAAAUGGCCAAUGUGAAAUACUGAAAUGUGAAACCUCUGAAAAACAUCACUCCUUUUCCUCUAAAAUAAACCUGAAACUGGGGUACAGGGCCCC